GGGAUUUGUGCAUUCCUCAAACAAGUAUCGCGCGCGGUUUGUUUGCUGCAGUGAUUGGCUCGUUAUCUGCGACCCUGUGCAGCACUGUAUUUUGCAAUGGGUCCACGUAAAAAGAAGAUAACUAACAAGGAUGAGGACAGCUCUGAGGAUUUCGUAAUCAUUGUCAAUGAAGAGACCGACGAGACGACAGAUGUUGUAAACAGUAUCAACAAUGAAGAGAGCGACGAGACGACAGAUGUUGUAAACAGUAUCAACAAUGAAGAGAGCGACGAGACGACAGAUUUGAAUGAAUCAUCUGAGGAGGAGAGCGACGCCUCCAGCGGAGAGGAGAUUUUUAUCGAUGGUCUUGAUUACUUCCUCGAUCGUAAUCUUUCAAAUGAUGAUUCCUCUUCUGAUGAACACUGCAGUCCAAAGGCCAACCCACAAAAGAGGAAGAGAUCUGGUCCGUCUUCCAUAUCAGCGUCUCAAGCAGAAUCUUUGAAAUCUUCUUCACCUGCCCCUGCAAAAAGUGGCAAAGGGAAGGACAAGAGAAGCAGCAUUACACGACCCCUUCCAUUUUCAAAAAGCAUCUCCGAUGGCAAGUGGCACGGAGUGGAUGAGCCUGAUAUUGAACCACCUAAACCGAUGUUUACACCUCGCCGAACACCUGGCCCACAGUUGAUCUCCACCACAUCAUACAGUCCUCUGCAGUUGUUUGAAUUCUUCUUUUCAACAUCAGUGAUGCAGACAAUUGUAAGAAACUCAAAUGCCUAUGGGGCCAAGUGUCAGGAUGGAAAGAAGCCAUGGCAGAACUUUUCUAUGAAAGAUUUCAGAUCAUACUUGGCUCUGGUGAUUUACAUGGGACUGUUGAAAUGUUCCUCAUCGAUAGACUACUGGAAGAAGUCGGAGAUCUACAGUCUGCCGUUUCCUGCUCAAAUUAUGAGUGGUAAAAAGUUUCUCACUAUCUCUCGUGCUUUUCAUAUUAGCGAUCCCAACGAAGAUGAAGAGAAUGACAAGAAAAAGGGAACGCCUGAAUAUGACUGCCUGUUUCAGAUCAAGCCGCUGUACCAGCACAUUCGAGAGGCCUGCAAGGCCUAUUUUCAUCCCUUUCAGAACAUCUCCAUUGAUGAAAGAAUGGUGGCAUCAAAAGCUAAAAAUACACUCCAAUAUUUUAUGAAAAAUGAACCUAAACGAUGGGGCUACAAACUAUUUGUACUGGCAGAUUCCCUCUGCGGCUACACUUGGGACUUCUUCGUUUACGAGGGAAAGCCAAAUCCAGAGCAGACCAAAGGUAUUGGCUAUGAUUCGGUCAUGGCACUGGUGAAUGAAAAGUUGUUGGGCACUGGCUACAAACUGUUUGUGAACAGCUCCCACAUCAGUCCCAUACUCUUCAGAGACCUCCUUAGUAAGAAGAUCUGGGCUUGUGGCACUGUUCGAACAAACAGAAUAGGCCACUCAAAAAAACCAGCUCCUCGCGGCAACAAACGUUGGUUUCGGGACGACAGCCUCCUGUUUGUGGAGUGGACGGACAAGAAUGAUGUGCUGAUGUGCUCCACCUUUCAUAAAGCCUACAAUGGUGACACAGCGAAAAGGAGGGUGAAGGGAAAAGAUGGUGUUUGGACCACUGAGGACUUUCCAGUUCCAGCUGCAGUGCUGGACUACAAUAAAAACAUGGGGGGAGUGGAUCUGUCUGAUAAACUUAUUGGAAAUUACACAGUUCUGCAUAAAACGAGGAAGUGGUAUCAAUCCUUUUUUUACCAUUUUGUGGACAUCGCUGUUGUAAAUGCCUUCAUUUUGCACCGGCACAUGGCCAAAGUGAAGAAUCUGCAGCCUUUGACCCAGAAGAAGUUUCGGGAGGCACUUGUCUCAGAGCUUACAGGAACAAGUAUUUCUCAUACCUCUGCACAAGAUCCUAAGCAAUCUCUUCCUCAGGAAUUACACUUGCCCAAGCACAUCUGUGGGGACAGCACUAUCGGAAGGAGGAAAUGCAAGAUGUGCCAUUAUAAAACUCCAUUGGUAUGUGCAACAUGUAAUGUGGGUUUGUGCUUUGUUCCCAAGCGUGAAUGUUUUAAGAAAUGGCAUGAAUCAGUGUGUGGUAUCAAGGAUACAAAUCUAAGAUAGACAGUUGAUGGAGACAGUAGAAAAACUUGGGUGACAGUGACCCCUGGUGUUGAUGCAUGCUCUAAGAUUACAUUAGUUUAUGAUCUGUGGGUAAAAAAAAAAUUACAAAAGAAAUACGUUUUUAUUUUGAAUAAAUUUACAGGAGGUGUAUGUGUAAAAUAAUUUGGUUUCCAGCUGUCCUUUCAAAAUAUUUUUGGAGGUACACGCAGGCUUAAACUUAUACUUGUUGUAGUAUCAUUAAAAAAUGGGCACAAGUUCUCAAGCAUUCAGAAGUGACCAGUUUUGGAGAAUAAAUGGCUAAAGCAGCAACGCUAAAAGCUGCACUUUCCAUUUGGGUGGGUGGACCAAGAGAAAUUGUGUACUGCAGUAGAUCGUCAAACUAUUCUUUUAAAUAAAAUUUUCAAAUUUUAAUGUUUAGCUUCGUGUUUUCAGGAGUUUAUUUAGGACAUUUAGCUACUAAAGGUUGUCAACUUUAAGAAUACUAGAAGAUUAAUCACCAAUAUUUGAGUUUGAGUACAUUCUGACAUUUUUAUUUUACACAAGUUACAUAUGGAA